GAUUCGCAUCGCCGACUUUUUGCAAAUUAUAUAAAUAUUACUCAGUUUUAUGAUGGAUUAUCAAAGCAAAUUUAGUAACGAUUUUGCGGAGUACCUUAACUCGAUGGUCAAAUUGGAUGAAUUACAAAAAAUGACUGAAAAUUUGGAUCAAGAACUGAAGGACUCCCAAAGUGUUCUAAAUGAAAUUAAAAACGUUUUCGACAACUUACCAACCGCCAAUGUGCAAUCCUGUAACAGCGGUCAAGAUAAUGUUUCGCAGAUACUUGCCGCCGACGUUCCAAAACUUCUGUUCCCGGGCGAGACAAAAACUACGAACGACAUAGACCUGGACAGGCUCAUCGCCACCAUGAGACUUUACGUGGAGGACCUAAAGAAGAAUUUCGCCGUGCCAGAACCCAGGGAGCAGCAAGCUCCACCGCCUAUCGACAACUUGGACUUAACGCCGUACGCAUCGAGUCUGGAUCAACUGGUGAAACAGAUUUCCAAGAUGAAAUUGAGUGCCCCCGAAACACAAAGGAACGACGAGUUGGAGGCGAAGCUAAACCACCUCUGCCAAGAUGUGAACUUGUUCACACAGAUGGUUGAAGCUAAAACCAAGUUGAGUGAAACAAACAAAAAUUGGGCACCCAUACAACAAGAAAACUUGUCUCUGUGCUAUGAUGAUAUGAUCAGCAACCUACUAUCAAGAAUAAAUGAGGUGACAUAUUUGCUCAAGACUAAGAACUAAGCUGGAAACAUUCUGCCAGGGCUUUUAGUUUUUAAGUAUUUAGUUUAUAGCACAACUCACCAACAAAUUGAACACAAUUUGCUUUAGGAAUGAAAUUAAAUAAUUUAUGCUAUUU